AUGCCUGCUCUUCUGCUCGACCCAAACCAUCAUUAUGAACUGCCGACAUACCCUCCACGACCACUCCAGUCACGUAGUUCGAGCACGUCCACGAAUGACUCCGGUGUAAUUCUAACGCCUGGAACGUCACCCACUCCGUCCGCUAUCAAUGCGGAUUCUCUACUUCCCGUUUCCCCUCAUCGUGGGCUUCGAACGAUUUCUUUGUCGACUGAACGCAGUCAUCCUUCUGUUGAACGUUUUCGCCAUUCAUUCCCGCUAUCCAACGAAGAGUCCUUUUCCUUGCAAGGGUUUACGAACUCGGUGUCUUCCAUUCCCUCGCUAUCGAACACCGCACCUGUAACGGUUCUGAAGAGCCAGCCAAUUGUCGCACCUUCCCUUUUUGAAUUCCCUAUAAAGGAUGACGAUGGCCCUUGUGACCCAACUUCAAAAUCGUCCUCCUUGAAACGAAAGUCAACUGAACUAUUUGACACACCCUGUUCUGGAUCUCCGUCUGGGUCAGUAACCAGAUCCGUAAGCCGAGGCCGGUCUAUCAAACGCUCAAUCAAGUGGGUAUCUCCUACUGGCUCUUCCAGCCGUGAAAACUCGCCUAAGCACAUGUUCAGUGCAGCCCUCCAUGAAUCAUCGUGCCGUUCAGUAUCUCCCAUACCUGCUAGCUGUUCGCUUCUCAUGGCUCCCGAGCCACUUGACUCUACACCAUCGUUACCAUCGUCACCAACCCUUUCAUCCUCUCUGUGUUCAUUACCUCUACCUGAGCUUUCAAAAUCUCGGAGUCCUCCGCCUCUUAUAUUUGAACCACUGCCCUGUACGGCGUUACCAUCUGUCCCACCUAUCGGCACGACGAGCGUCAUUCCAACUCUUUCCCCCAGAACCAUUUUCAACGGGCUUGGUUACAAUAAUACUCUUCCUUCUCCACCUAAAGCUCUACCAAGGAGUAACCCAUUACAUUCUCACCAAGGGAGUAACGGGAUACUUCGCUUUCCGGAAUCGCCCCAAACAACAGAAUUAUUUGCUAGUUCGAGUUACUACUUCAACGAUGGUAACGUAAUUUUUCAGGUUCGCAACAAGUUGUACAAAGUACACCGGUACUUUUUCGAACAGAACUCGUUGACGAUGACGGUCAUGAUCUCUCAUGUUCUCGAGAGAGCAGCUCUGGUGAGUAGAGGGUCGCACGUAAAUGUUGCGAAUUUCCCCGUGAUGCUCCCUGACACGGACCCCGUGGAUUUCGAGCGUCUAUUAUCCAUAUUUUAUCCGAAAGACUACUCUCAACACGAUGCGCAAACAGUCGAAGACUGGACGUCUAUCCUGCGUGUUUCCUCGCGAUUCGGGAUGACGAAAAUACGCUCGCUAGCGUUGGAUAACCUCUAUAUGACCGCCAACGCUGUCGACAAAAUUGCAUUGAACAAUGAGUUUCACUUUGAUGAUGUUGAAAUUGAGGAUGAAUGGGUGUUCGAUGCGUAUGCAGAGUUGGUGACAAGAGCUGAACCUCUUACACUCCAGGAGGGGGAGAAGAUAGGGAUGAGGGAUGUGAUAAGGAUUCAGGCGAUGAAGGCUGCUUUGAUGAAGGACCUGAGGAGGUAUUUGGAUGCGGAUAGAGUAAGGGCAAUGGUGGAAGCUUAUUUGUGA